AUGCCUCUUCAGUCGAUGUACAACAGCUCGCUUACGGCUCGUCCUCAACUCGAUGUCCAAGCUUCACUCAUCGCAAGGCUGUUCUUGUGUUUAGGGGUUCGCCGACUGGACCUGCGUGCAACUGUUACGGUACCACUUACCUUGAAGCCCGGAAGCUCGUAUGAAGAGAAGAGCAUUGGAGACUUGCGAAAUGUUCGGACUACUUCGGGGGUACCAAGAAACCCACAUUAUUAUGAACUCGAAGGACUCCGAACCGAAGGAGACGGACAAGACCACACGGCAUAUAACAUCGGCUCAAGUGGAUUUAUCAUGACACUACUCGGCUGCUCAUGUGGACUCGCCGGAGCCAUCAUUGUGCCAUUGCUCUACCUCACUCUGGGAACCACCAUUGCGUACGAUCUGAAUGCCACGACGUCGACCCUCUGGAUGUUUACCUCGAUGAUCAUCGCGGAAGGCGCUCUCGCACCAUUCGUCGGCCCACUGGCAGACCUCUUUGGCCGGAAGCCGAUCUUCAUAGCCGGCGUCGUCGUGUCGGUCACUGGCGCCAUACUGUGCGCCGCCACCCCCAACGCGGCAGGAUUCAUUGCUGGACAGGUUCUCCUCGGGAUGGGCGCCAUCAUCCAGGAGCUACUUGCCAUCGCGAUCGCCGUUGAGAUCGUCCCCACGGCCAAACGCAGUCUGUACUCGGCCUUGAUUCUCUGCGCUCUGAUCCCCUGGUCUCCUUCCACAUUGUACGCAAACUGGAUUGCCACCUCUUCCUGGCGGUGGAUUGGACUGGUCAUUGCGCUGUGGAACCUCCUCACCGUGGGCAUCAUAGCAUUCUUCUACCACCCUCCCCCCCGAGUCAACUCCCUGGGUCUGACGCGGAGAGAAAUGAUCGGCCGGAUUGACCUGGUCGGCGGCUUCCUCCUCACCACCGGCCUGCUCUUGUUCCUGGUCGGGCUCAACUGGGCCGGCGGGCAAGGCUACCCGUGGAACUCGGCUCACGUCCUCACGUUCCUGGUGAUCGGUGGCAGCAUGAUCUUGGGAUUCGGGGCCUACGAAUUCUUCGUCGCGCCUUACCCGCUCUUCCCCAGGCGAAUGGUACACGCACCGCGGCCAUUCUUCUGCAUGCUCUACGUGAUCUUCGCCGGCGGUAUCAACUUCAUCCCUCUGACGGCAUUCUGGCCCAUCGAGUCCAUCGCCGUCUUCCAGACGGACCGGUAUCAGACGGGUAUCAACACUUUGCCGAUCGGGAUGGGGAUUUCCAUAGGUGCGAUCGUGUCGGCGUUGCUGCUUUCCUUCGUCAAGGGCUACAUCGCUUAUCUGAUGGCGUUCUUCUGCGUGAUGCAGACCGUCGGCUCUGCGUGUAUGGUUCUUAUCAACCCUGACGACGUGCGGACAGCUUUUGGCCCUCUCAUGCUGGCCCUGAUCGGAGUCGGAGGCGUCAUCGUCCCCAACCAGGUCAUCAUAACCGUCAUCACCCCCGACGACCUGAUCGCCUCGGUCACCGCCCUCACCGUCGGCCUGCGCUGCCAAGCCCAGGUGAUCGGCCUCGCCAUCUUCUUCAACCGCUUCACCCACGCCGUCACCCAGCGCGCCGCCACCACCCUCGUGCCGGCCGCCCUGCAGAUCGGCGUCUUCGACGUCGCCAAGAUCGAGGCCAUGGUCCGCGGCCUGACCGCCAUGACCGUCGAGGAGUACGCCGCGGUCCUCCCGGAGCUGUCGGCCGGCGCGGGGAAUGUCCGGCUCGUGGUUGCCGCCGCCCAGGCGUGCUUCGGGGGCGCGUUCCGGGUCGUCUACCUCGUUACGAUUGCGUUCGGCGUCACGGCGUGCGUGGCGUCGCUGGGGAUCGGGGAUCUGGGCAGGUAUCUGGAUGAUCACGUUGCUGUAGUGCUGUGA